UUUAGACACAGUUUUUUAUCGAUAUUUAUAUAUGUCCAUAACCGCGCAAUAAGAACCGAAAAUAUGAUAUGCAAAUGUUACUUAAACUAAUUUUGACGUACAAUAUUUACUUCGGAUGCGUAAUUUAUGAAGUAUUAAAUUUUCCGAAAUCUUGCACUGCCAGAGCAUUUGCUAUUAAUGUAUCGAAUUAUGAGUAUAAUAUUGGAUUGAUUAUAGAUUCGAAUGAUGAAACCAAAAGUGAUGAAAGACGCUUUUAUUCAGACAUUUAUUCACAAUUGUGUCAUCGUUCCAUUCAACGAUUCACAACGGACAAACCCAAGGUUUGCAAAAUAAGAAGCAAAAACCUAUACACGUGUUUCAACUUUGAGAAUCCCCGUUAUUGGAAAAAUACGAAGAGAAAUUUUCAGCUGUACUUUCAAACGAGCGCUGAUAUAAUCUAUCGGCGAAAGUUGCUUGGUUACGAGCAAGAUUUUUUCGAAAUUUACCCUAUGAGAUACAGCAGGUUUAAAAGAAUACCUGAUGAAAUUACCCAAAUGAGAGUGUCGGAUUUGACGAAGAAGAAACGUGAUGUCAUUGCAAAGAAUAUCUACUCGAACGAGGAAAAUAUAGAUUGGGCAGCCUGGGACAAUUGGAGCAUUUGGAGUGCGUGCAGUGUAUCUUGCGGGCAAGGACGACAGGUCCGUUGGCGUCAUUGUUUGUCCGCAGAUUGCACUAAAGGUCUCAAGAAGGCACAGUUGAAAAGCUGCCAUCUGAAGGAUUGUGGUACCAAAGGCAUCCUCGGUUGGCUCGGGAUAAAAUCGUGAUCCGUUUGCGACUUGCGAAAGUGAAGCGAAAUGAACGACAAAGUCUUCCUGACAUCAUUAUGUGGAAAGUACUAAGCGGUCUCGAGAACGCACAAACAAAAAAGUCCUUACUUUGUAAACUAUUACGGAGAAAAUUCAUUUCCGGAUAUUACUCUCUCUUAGACUAAAAUUGUCUUAAUCUGACAACAAGAAGAAUAUGACUACAAGAAUGCAAGCAUGGUUGAGCCAUGGAUUAUUUU